AUGGCAUCCACUUAUGGUAGAAUGGCUAUCAUCACUUUCAGUGCAUGGGCAGGAUCAUCUCAUGGUGGUGUUAUAGCUGGCUUGACUGCAUGUGGAAUGGUGAUGAAUAUUAUGUUCACCGGAUCUGAUAUGAUACAGGAGUUUAAGACAGGAUACAUGACAUUAACUUCACUGAAGAAUAUGUUUAUAAGUCAAGUAAUUGGAGUGAUAAUAGGUUCAAUUUUAUCUCCUUUUACUUAUUGGUUACUUUGUAGGGGCAUUCAAGAUGUUGGCAUACCUGGUUCUACAUAUCCUACCCCUUAUGGCCUUAUUUAUCGCAACAUGGCAAUAUUAGGAGCAAAUGGUUUCUCACAUUUUCCAAAGCAUUGUCUCACCCUUUGCCUUGUAUUCUUUUUUGGAGCAAUGAUCAUGAAUUUUAUUCAAGACAGUGUAGAUCAAAAAUGGGCCAAGUUUAUUCCUAAUCCUAUGGCUAUGUCAAUAGGUGUUUUGGCACGGGCCAUAGGAGGUGCUCCAGAUUCAGUAGCAAGUAAUUUUGUCCUUGAUAUGUGUAUUGGUGGUUUAAUUAUAUUUAUUUGGCAGAAGAUUGACGGUAUUAGCGCAGAUGCAUUUGGAUCAAUCGUAGCUUCUGCAUUAAUUUGUGGUGAAGGAUUAUCGACGAUUUCUACUUCAUUGCUUACUUUUGGGAGAAUUAAACCACCUGUUUGUAUGAAAGUUUUAUCCAAAGAAGAAAUGAAAAAGUUGGGGAUAUGA